AUGGGACAGAGUAUCCCAUCAGUAGCACAAGUGUCAAUGGGACAAACUAACCCAUCAGUAGCACAAGUGUCAAUGGAACAAAGUAACCCAACAGUAGCACAAGUGUCAAUGGGACAGAGUAUCCCAUCAGUAGCACAAGUGUCAAUGGGACAAAGUAUCCCAUCAGUAGCACAAGUGUCAAUGGGACAGAGUAUCCUAUCAGUAGCACAAGUGUCAAUGGGACAAAGUAACCCAACAGUAGCACAAGUGUCAAUGGGACAAAGUAUCCCAUCAGUAGCACAAGUGCCAAUGGGACGCAGUAACCAAACAGUAGCACAAGUGUCAAUGGGACAAUGUAACCCAUCAGUAGCACAAGUGUCAAUGGGACAAAGUAACCCAACAGUAGCACAAGUGUCAAUGGGACAAAGUAACCAAACAGUAGCACAAGUGUCAAUGGGACAAAGUAACCCAACAGUAGCACAAGUGUCAAUGGGACACAGUAACCCAUCAGUAGCACAAGUGCCAAUGGGACACAGUAACCCAUCAGUAGCACAAGUGUCAAUGGGACAAAGUAACCCAACAGUAGCACAAGUGUCAAUGGGACAAAGUAUCCCAACAGUAGCACAAGUGUCAAUGGGACAAUGUAACCCAACAGUAGCACAAGUGUCAAUGGGACAAAGUAACCCAUCAGUAGCACAAGUGUCAAUGGGACAAAGUAUCCCAUCAGAAGCACAAGUGCCAAUGGGACACAGUAACCCAUCAGUAGCACAAGUGUCAAUGGGACAAUGUAACCCAACAGUAGCACAAGUGUCAAUGGGACACAGUAUCCCAACAGUAGCACAAGUGCCAAUGGGACACAGUAUCCCAACAGUAGCAUUAAGUGCCAAUGGGACACAGUAA